AUGGAUAAAGUCGACCCAAAUGAGCCAACCUUUCCAUGCCCAAUCUGUGGUCGCAGAUUCAUCAAAUCUAGCUUGGAGAAACAUGAGUCCGCCUGUAAGAAGCUUGCUUCUCUCCACCGUAAACCAUUCGACUCCGGUAAACAACGUGCCACUGGAAGUGACUUGACCUAUGCGGCAAUCAAAAAAGCUCAAAACGAGAAGGCUAAGAACGGUGGGGUGUUCCCGAGGCCACAGACAAACUGGCGAGAACGUCAUGGCCAUUUCAUCGACGCGGUUUCAUCAUCCAAACGUGUCGACUAUGCACUCAAAACUGGGGCACCAUUGCCACCACCACCAAAAACUGCUGUUCCAAGUGAUUAUGUACAAUGCGAGUACUGCAGCAGAAAUUUCAACUCUGCAGCUGCUGAAAGACACAUUCCAUUUUGCAGAGAGCAAGCAACACGAAAGCAAGGCGGCAGUUUGAAAUCAUCUGCCGGAAAUCGUGCUCUCACCAGCAACAACUACCGAGCUCUCCCCUCAAAACAUGAAGGAAGAAAACAAGAGUCUUCGAGUAGAAACGGAUCUGCUGAACGGAAAACUACAACGAGAGGAAGGGACGGAAGUCUCUCGAGAGCACGUAGAGACGACUCAAACGAAAUAACUAACAGAAGGAAAUCUCUUGAGACAAGAUCUCAGCUAACCACGGGGCAAGCCACUAAUAGAAACACGUCGUUGUCUGCUGGAAUGCGUCCAUCACUUCCGCCAAUGACUCCAACCAGCAAACGAAGCAGCUCUGCCAAACGUGAUGCUCCGCAACCACAAACGUCUACUCCACAACAACGUCUCAAGACACCAAUCUCACUGGCCGAGCGGAUGAACAAAAUGAGCAUCAACCACUAA